AUGGCACCACCGGAAAGCCAAGAGGUAGCAAAACCAUCAGCAUGGAUACUGGAGAAAGCUCAAAAUGCUGCAAAGGCGUCCGGCGUAGGACCAGAUGCGGUCGCGAGGAUCCUACAAAAGACGAAAGCACAGGUCGAGGCGAAUAGCGAAGAGCAUCAAAACAACAUGGGUCUACUGGGCAAAAAAAUGGCUGAGCUACGAGCGAAGCAUGACUUGAACCCAUUCAAGAAUUUGGAACAACCAGUUGCAGCAGAUACUAUCACGGUCCAGCCCAAGGUCAUCAUACCAGCACAAAAGGGCGUCAAGCGUAAGCUUCCACCAACACAAGGUGCAAAGUCAGAGGAUUCACGCGCUAAGAAGGCGAAGAUCAAGAAGACGCAGCCGGCGGAGGAAGGUGUCUCUAAGGAGGCGAAAGAAGACGCGGAGAAGCAAGCGGAAAAGGUUAAAGAGAUGAGGAAAGAGAAGGCAGCUAUUAAAGACGAGUCUGUCAAUGCGGUGUUUGCCAAUUCGUCGACUGCAGGUGCAUCACAAGAGCGAGCGGCUGCAGCAGUAGCGACAGCUACAACGACAACAAACAAGCCAGACAACACGGAUCUCGUGCCAUGGAACAACCUAUCCAUCUCAGGAAAUACGACAGACAAGUAUCAUGUACGGACACCGCUGCCAACCUGGUACACCUCUAUAAACAUGAAAGGUUACCAGAUGGAGGCGAUGAGCAAGAAGCGACCCCCAGAGCUCACUGCACUGGAAGCCCUCAAAGCUUGUAUAAAACAAUGCGAGGAUACAAAGUCAACAGUUCAACUAGACAAGCUAUACGAUGAUCUCCGAGAUCACGUACACAAGGCUGAGAUCCGACUUGUAGUCACCCUAAAUCUCAUCCGAAAGGCGAACAUGCUCAGCCCGGAUUACGGACUGCCUCGCAUAUUCAAAGCAGGAACAGUCUUCCCAUGGGAUCUCAAAGCAGACGCCUACCAACUCUAUAACCGCUGGUGGAAGUCGGAUCUAAACCAAGAUAUCCUCCGCGGUAUCGUACCCAACAAGACCGACAACCGGACUAGCGACCGCCUAGACGAUACAUACCGCAAGAAGUUCUCCUCCGAUGCGAAGUACUAUGGCGAAGGCGAUCUCGUCCUCGGACAAUGGUGGCCAACUCAACUCUGCACCGUCCGCGACGGCGCCCACGGCUCAGCCCAAGGCGGCAUCUACGGCGAAAAAGAACGCGGCACAUAUUCCAUUGUCCUCUCAGGCGGCUACGCAUACCACGACGUCGACAACGGCGACGUCAUCGAAUACUCUAGUACGCCAGGCAAGCAUUCCACGCCUACGGAGAAUACUAUCCACCUCCUCACGUCUGCCGGUCUUGGUAACCCGGUUAGAGUUAUUCGCUCCGCACAGCUGAAUAAGAAGAACAAGUACAGGCCUGAGCUGGGUUUGAGGUACGAUGGCUUGUAUCAGGUUAGGGGUUAUAGGAACAUUGAUCAGGAGACGGCCAUGUAUAGGUUUCGACUCGAGAGGUGCGAGGGCCAGGAUCCGAUUCGGUUCGAGGGCAAGGCGAAGAGGCCGACGUUUUAUGAGGUUGGGGAGUAUGAGAGGCUGAAGGAUAAGGGAGCGGGGGUGUGGUAG